UAGGGCGGUACUACUGGCGCUUUGCUGUCGAGUCACCUCUGUCAAGCGGGAUGGAGGAAAAGGAGCCGCUAUUAUGCUGAUAAACGCAGGAUCCCGACGGACUGAGCAUCAAUAACCGACACUGGUUCAGUUUAAACUGAUCAUUUAUCUUUAAAUUACCGAAUUUGUCUUGUCACAGUUUGCCAAAAUGAUGGAAGAAAUCGACAGGUUCCAAGUGCCUCCUGUCAACGGAGAGACACAGCCUUUGGACCCAGCAGCGUCCUCUACUUUGGAGGCGGCAUCGGACACUAAAGGAGAGAGCGUGGCCAUGAACUACAAGCCCUCCCCACUGCAAGUCCAGAUAGAGAAACAGAGGGACCUUGCCAGGAAGGCUUCGGUGAAGAAUGGCACCGUGGGAAGUCCUGUCAAUCAGCAACCCAAGAAAAACGCCAGGACAAGGUUGGUCGUGCCAAACAAAGGUUACUCCUCUUUAGACCAGAGCCCGGAUGAGAAGCCUCUGGUUGCGUUGGACACUGACAGUGACGAUGACUUCGACAUGUCCAGAUACUCUUCAUCAGGAUACUCCUCAGCCGAGGUGAGAUGUCUGAGGGACCAGCAAAUUAACCAGGACCUGAACAUCCAGCUCCUGAAGGACGGGUACCGGCUUGACGAGAUCCCAGACGACGAGGACCUGGAUCUGAUCCCCCCUAAAGCAGUGAACCCCACCUGCAUGUGCUGCCAGGCCGCCCCCUCCACAGCCUGUCAGAUCCAGUAGCUGCCCCACUCCUCCUUCAUCCCUAAAUAUUCUUUUUUGCCAGCUGCUGAACAGAAUGGCAUCGAGGAGGAAAAAAAACCAAACUGUCGACUUGAAAACCAGGCAAAGGC